UGCUGAGCGCUGCCUCCCUCCGUGUGGGCUGGCAGGCUGCAGGAGGCUGGAUCUGGCUUCGGGCCCUGGCAGCAGAUACCCUGCUGGUGUAACAGAUGGUCCAGUGCAUCAUGGGAGAGUCAUGUCCACAAAUAUCCAUUACAGUCUUAAAUAGCACAGGAAGCUGCCAUGGAGAUGUUCCUGACCGUGUACCUGAGCAACAACGAGCAGCACUUCAGUGAGGUUCCCAUCACGCCGGAGACGCUGUGCAGAGACGUGGUGGAGCUCUGCAAGGAGCCCGGUGAGGCCGACUGCUACCUGGCUCAGGUGUGGAGAGGCUCAGAGCACGUGGUUGGAGAAGGCGAGCGGAUGUUGGAGGUGUUGCAGCGAGGCGGGCAGCAGAGGGGCGAGGUCCGUUACCUCCUGCGUCACCAGAGAGCUCCGGGACCAGAGACGGGUGGAUCCAGAGCUGCGGAUCAGAUGGUGAAGAGGAACCAGCUCAAAGCUUCCAUGGACAGAUGCCUGGAGAACGGGGUCUCCGUGACGCUGAGCGACCUGCAGGAUCUGGCAACCCGACAGCAGCAGCAGAUCAACACCCAGCAGCAGCUGCUGGCCGCCAAGGAGCAGCGACUGCGCCAGCUGAAGCUCCAGGACCACCAGGACCACCAGGACCACCAGGAGUCCGAGACCACCAGACUGCAGCAGCUCCGAGAGAACGCUCUGAACCAGGAGGCCAAACUGAGACGGGUCCGGGCCCUCAGGGGCCAGGUGGAGCAGAAACGCCAUAGCAACAGCAAGCUGGUGGAGGAGAUCGACCAGAUGAAUGGUCUGUUCCAGCUGAAGCAGAGGGAGCUGCUGCUGGCCGUGUCCAGGGUGGAGGAGCUCAGCGAGCAGCUGGAGGCGCUAAGGAGCAACAGCCUGGAGCCUCCUCCUCCUCCUCCUCAUCUUCAUCAUCACAGCACCUCCUCCACGGCCGAGCUGGAGCGCCUCUACAAAGAGCUGCAGCUGAGGAACAAGCUGAACCAGGACCAGAGCGGGCGGCUGCAGCAGCAGAGAGACAGCCUGAACAAGAGGACCCUGGAGGCAGCCGCCAUGGACCGGAGGCUGGCCGAGCUCCGCCACAGGCUCUGGAAGAAGAAGGCAGCCCUGCAGCAGAAGGAGAACCUGCUGCAGGCGAGUCCUGACGGCGCGGCCCCUCAGCACGCCGCGGGCUCCAGAGUGGCGGCGGUGGGGCCGUACAUCCAGACGGGCUCCCAGGGGCCCCCGGUGCCGGCACGCCACCACGCCGUGGUGAAGCCGGCGUACCCGGACGGCACUGCCACCCUGCCCAUGCCCGCUUCGGCCCUGAAGCCGCCGCCGAGGCCCGCCAAACCAGCCGCAGGUUUCUCAUCCAAGACGAACAAACUCUCUGACUGGAGCGGCUCGUUUUCGGAGUCCGCUGGCGGCGGCGGCGGUUUCAGCAACGCCUCCACGCUGCCGCGCAUGUCCAGCCUCGGCCGCCUCACCUCAGGUCAGUCACCGCCAGCCGCCGGAAGGAACCGAGUGCAUCUGCCCAAAGGAGGUAAGACCCACACAGAUCAUAGGAGCCUCUCUGGGUCUGAGGUCCCGCCCCCUGUCCCCUCACGGACCAAUCACGUCGCUGAGAACCUGCUCCGGGACAAUCAGUUUAGUCCAUUAGAGCCUUUGGCUCCGCCUCCUCUCCCCAGUAAGCCCAAGCCGGGCUUCUCCGCGGCGCCCUACAGCACCGGGACCUUCCCCGGGAAGGCUCGCCUGCCGGGGGGGGCCACCUCAGGGCCGGGGGGCACGCUGCCUCUUCCCGCCAAGCAGGAGAACCCCCCGGCUGCCGCGGUGCGCCCCUACACCCCCGAGGCCUCGGAGGCCCCGCCCCCGGCGCUGCAGAAGCCCCAGACCGUGGCGGCAUCGUCCAUCUACUCCAUGUACACCCGGCAGGGGAAGGGCUACCAGCCGGGGGGCCAAGCCCCGCUGCCGCGCAGCCAGCCACCAGUGUAUGGUAAACCGGUGCUCCCAGCCUGUGGGGGGGGGCAGCAGCCCUCCUCCUCUGAUGUCACCACCUCCGGCUCUGCGCCCGACGGCGGCGAGCUCGACGGCGGUUUCCCGGCCAACGGCGAGACGGCCGAGCGCUCCACGCCGCGGCCGCUCAGCCCCACCAAGCUCCUCCCCUUCCUGUCCCACCCCCACCGUUGCCCCGGCGACCCCGACGCCGGCGGCGGCGACCUGGAGGCCCUGCGGCGGCGGCUGCAGCGCGCCCCGCGGCCCCUGAAGAAGCGCGGCUCCAUCACGGAGCCCGAGGGCCCCACGGUGGAGCUCAACAUCCAGAAGCUGCUCUACCAGAGGACCACGCUGGCCGCCAUGGAGACCAUCGCCAUGGAGACCAUCCCCACGGAGACCAUCGCCACGGAGACCAUCCCCACGGAAACCAUCCCCACGGAGAAGACGCUGAGCCCUUCUGAAGAAGGAGAACCAGGAGAUGAUACCACGCCACCGAGCCCCGAGGCCCCGCCCCCUCUGCCACCGCGCUUGCCGCGGUCUAACCCCGCCUCCUGUUACUACGGCGACGAGGAUGAGGAGGAGGGGGGGGCUCACCGGGACUUCCCCCCCCCCCCACCGUACCCGUCCUGCGGCGACGGUGACCACGGAGACGACCUCCAGCCGCCGGAGGUCACCGGACAAGUCGCCACGCCGCCGGGUAAGAGGUCUAUCCUCCGUAGACCUGGUUCUGAGCGGUCUGACCCCAGUCUACGGGUCAAGUUCAACCCUCUGGCCCUGCUGCUGGACUCGUCUCUGGAGGGGGAGUAUGACCUGGUCCAGAGGGUCAUCUACGAUGUGGACGACCCCAGCACGCCCAACGACGAGGGCAUCACGGCGCUGCACAACGCCGUCUGCGCCGGCCACACGGAGAUCGUCAAGUUCCUGGUGCAGUUCGGGGUCAACGCCAACGCCGCCGACAGCGACGGCUGGACCCCUCUCCACUGCGCUGCGUCCUGUAACAGUGUCCAGGUGUGUAAGUUCCUGGUGGAGUCUGGCGCCGCCGUCUUCGCCACCACGCACAGCGACAUGCAGACGCCGGCCGACAAGUGCGAGGAGCUGGAGGACGGCUACGCCCAGUGCUCCCAGUUCCUCUACGGUGUCCAGGAGAAGAUGGGUGUGAUGAACCGAGGCGUGGUCUACGCCCUGUGGGACUACGAGCCUCAGAGCGAGGACGAGCUGGGCUUCAGGGAGGGAGACUGCAUCACGGUGCUGAGCCGGGAGGACCCCGCCGAGACCGAGUGGUGGUGGGCCAGAUGUGGGGACCACGAGGGCUACAUCCCCCGAAACCUGCUGGGGCUGUAUCUGAGGAUCAAGCCGCGCCAGAGGAGCCUGGCUUAGCCCGCAAAUCCUUCAGAAGACCGAAAACCCUCGUGAGAGGAGGACUCCAAUCAUCCGGACACAGGAUGUCAGAGACAGAUGUUUUUUUGGUUGUUUCAAUCUCAGCACUAAAGAAUGUCCCAAUAAAGAGGUUAAUCUGCGUCAUGUGGUCAAAUAAAAAUCAGUUUAUUCAAACGUA